AUGCCCGUCGGUCCUCGAGUUUCCAAAGAGGAAUUCAUGCAUGCACUGGGUCUCAACUCCCAAGACUCCCACCACGAGCAAUACUACCGCGCCAUGCGAGAUGAAGCAAUAAUGGUCUACAACCGCAUGCACCAAGACACAACCAACCUGCUCGACCACAUCCGCGCCGACCCCAACACGCGACCCCCCUUCUACUGGCACCAUAUCCGCCCAGACCGGCAGCGCUGGGGAAUCCUCGAGAUCUGGCGGAAUUCCGCGCCGCUCACGAGACCGUUCUUCGAUCGCGGCAUGACUAAUGGCGAGUAUGAGCCGAAUUGGGUGGCUGGAUGGUUGCUGUAUAGUGUUUUUCGAUCGCGGGAUGUGAGGAAUAAUCGGAAUCGGAGGAAGGGGGAGACGGGGGUUGGGAUUGGGGUUGGAGGGUCUGUUGAGGCUGAUAGGCGCAGGCAGGUUGAAGAGCCGCCGAAGAAGUAUUAUGAUCCUGUGCGGAAUGGGACGAUGUGA